AGUUUAACUUCUAAGCCACCUCCAGCAGAUAUGUCAGACAACCUGGCAGCUGAGAGCUGGGGCUCCACGCAGAUCACUGUCCAGACAUUUUCGUACAGGUGGACCAUCAGCAACUUCUCCUUUUGCCUGGAGGGAAUGAGGGAAGCCAUUGAAAGUGCGACUUUCUCAUCAGGAGCCAAUGACAAACUCCAAUGGCUUUUGAAAGUUCACGCCAAUGGGAGCGAUGAAGAUAGCAAAGAUUACCUGUCAGUUCACCUAGUGUUGCUCCGCUGUCCAAAGAGCCCCGUUUGGGCCAAGUUCCACUUUUGGAUCAUAAAUGCUGAAGGAGAGAAAUGCCAAGGACUGUGGAGCCAAAUUGUCUUUAGGUUUGUGCCUGGCAAAGGCAGGGGAUUCAAAAAAUUCAUCUUAAGAGAUUUCCUGUUGUCCCAGGCAGAGCGCCUUCUCCCCAAGAACCGCCUGACCCUCCUGUGCGAGGUGUACAUAGUUCAAGACUCCUGCAGCAUUCCACGACAGAACACGACAUCGGCAAUCAAGGUUCCAAGCUGCUCUUUGAUGGAUGACCUGGGAGCGCUGUGGAAGAAUUCCCUCUUCACAGACUGCUGUCUCUUGGUAUCUGGUCAGGAAUUCUGGGCUCACAAGGCUAUCUUAGCAGCUCGCUCUCCAGUUUUCAGAGCCAUGUUCGAACAUGAGUUGGAGGAGGGGCAAAAGAACCGAGUUGAGAUCAAGGACCUGGAGCCUCAAGUCUUCAAGGAGAUGAUGGGCUUCAUUUACACAGGGAAGGCACCAAACCUCCACACCAUGGCCACUGGUGUGCUGGCAGCUGCUGACAGGUAUGGCUUGGAGUGCUUAAAGAGCAUGUGUGAGGUUGCCAUCUGCAGGGACCUCUCAGUGGAGAAUGCCGCUCACACUCUCAUCCUGGCUGACCUCCACAGUGCAGAGCAGCUGAAAAUGAAGGCAUUGGAUUUCAUUACAGUUCAUGCUUCUGAGGUCUUUGAGACCUCGGGGUGGAAGGUCAUGGUGGACUUCCAUCCCCACUUGCUGGCUGAAGCAUUCCAUGCCCUGGCUUCUGCACAGAGGCCUUUCCUGGAACCCCCUCUCAAACGCCCGAAGAGAUAG